AGUAGGAAGAAGUGGGAGGAGGGAGGGCAGCAGAUAGGGACUCAAAAGAGGGUGGAAGAGGAGCAACUGACAGGCUCAAGAGCCAGGAGCAGUGGGCAGUGAGAGGAGCCACGGGGAGGAGGACAAGGAGGCCAACGGACCUUCCAGGCAGGAGGAAAGGAAAAAGAAGUCCUGGCAUCCUCCUGCUGAGCCAAGAUGGGAGACUGGAGCUUCUUGGGGGAGUUCCUGGAGGAGGUACACAAGCAUUCCACAGUGAUCGGGAAGGUCUGGCUCACAGUGCUCUUCAUCUUCCGCAUGCUGGUGCUGGGCACAGCGGCUGAGUCCUCCUGGGGGGAUGAGCAGGCUGACUUUAAGUGUGACACCAUACAGCCGGGUUGCGAGAACGUGUGCUAUGACCAGGCCUUCCCCAUCUCACACAUCCGCUUCUGGGUGCUGCAAAUCAUCUUCGUGUCCACACCAUCACUGCUGUACAUGGGCCACGCCAUGCAUACAGUCCGUAUGCAGGAGAAGCGCAGGUUGCGUGAGGCCGAGCGUGCCAGGGAGGCACAGGGUGCUGGGUACCAGUACCCAGCUGUUACUACUGCCGAGAAGGCUGAGCUGUCCUGCUGGGAGGAGGUGAAUGGGAAGAUAGUGCUGCAGGGCACAUUGCUCAACACCUACGUCUGCAGCAUCCUCAUCCGCACCACCAUGGAGGUGGCCUUCAUUGUGGGCCAGUACCUCCUCUACGGCAUUUUCCUGGACACUCUGCACAUCUGCCGCAGAAGCCCCUGCCCACACCCUGUCAACUGCUAUGUCUCCCGGCCCACAGAGAAGAAUGUCUUCAUUGUCUUCAUGCUGGCGGUGGCUGGCCUGUCCCUCUUCCUCAGCCUGGCUGAGCUCUACCACCUCGGAUGGAAGAAGAUUCGACAGAGGUUCAGCAAGGGGUCUCGGGGCACAGCUGAGUGCCAGCCUCCCCCUGCAGCUGGCCUGGUUCAGAACUGUACACCGCCCCCUGACUUCAGCCAGUGCCUGGAGAAUGGCCCUGGGAACAAGUUCUUCCAGCCCUUCAGCCACAAGCUGGCUUCGCAGCAGAACACAGACAACCUGGCCGCGGAGCAGGGCCGAGGCCAGGAGCAGGGGCCCAGGGAAGGAUUCAUCCACAUCCACUAUGCCCAGAAGCCUGAGAUCCCCAAUGAAGUCUGCCCAGGUCACCGGGGCCUCCCCCAAAGCUACCAAAGUGACAAGCGGCGUUUCAGCAAGGCCAGCAGUAAGGCCAGGUCAGAUGAUUUGUCAGUGUGAGCCUCCCGUCAUCAGGAUGGGACCAGGAGGGAGCCAGGGAGACACAGAGAAGAUGGGCCAUCCCUUCUGAGCCCACACUCUUCCACCCUCAUCUCUGCUCUGUUACUCAUAGGCCUUGGGUCUCAAUGGCAUUGCUCACUCAUUCCUUCUAAUUACAGAAACAUGGCUACCCAGCCAGGCUGCCAGCCCUGCCUGUACUCUGCCUGGAACACUCAGAAGACUUUUGCAGAUUAUUUAUGUACCAGUGUGAAGGGAAAGGAGAAAAUCCUAAUCUGUUCUGGGAGGGGUAGCCAGUGGGCUAGAAGAUGCUCUGUAUACCAGCCAUACACCCCAAGUUCCCCCAAGGUUUCCCAAGUGGCUUCCUUGAUUUCAUGCCCCUUCCUCCCAAAAGGAACUCUCUAGAGUUCCCAGCUGAUGGGGAGCCUGAGUCCGGAAACUCACCUUAGAUGUGCUCUGGAACCUGCUGUUUCCUGAGGUCACACUUUAGAGGAGCGGCAAGGUUCCCUUCAGCUGCCCUGGGCUGUCCCUCCCCUGACACAGUCUGACUUAGAAAGAGGUCCUUGGCAUUGGGCCAGCAGCCUCAACCUGGUUAGUACCUUGGUAUAUACCUCUGACAUGUGCCUGGUGUUGGUGCUGUCACAGACUUUCCUUCUGAUAGGGUGUGUGGCCAGCCUUUAGGCGGAAGCUUCCUCAUGGAGUCACAGUGCACAUAGGCUCCCCUGGAAUUCUGGUCACCACCCUUUGCCCUGUGACCUGGGUUCAGUUCUGCUUCAUGACAGAAACUGUCCCUUCCUCGGCCCCUUCGGCUGCUCAAGCAGUGAUCCCCAAAGACCUUCCCUACAAGAACGCCCAGCAGCUGUUGUCCUCUCUCAAAUCCUGACCAAGUCACCAGCCACCCAGGCCAGGGCAAUCUCCCCAAGAUUGUACUAACACAAAGUGGGUGCUGUGCUCUAGGAGGAAAAGAUUAUUCUGCUGUGGAGAUUAAAAUUAAAAAGGGGGGAAGAGAGAGAGAGAGAGAAAAAAUACUGGAAACAAUUGUCCUAUUUAUUUGACCCUUGCUGACUACCAACUUGAGUGCCAAUAGGUGUGAAGAUAGCUCAGAGGCUCACAGAUUGCUCCCUGUCCCUGGAAGACUCAGUGGGGGAAUCUCCAGCUCCCUUCAAAAGGUCCUCAUUCAGGAACUCAAAGGUUCCUUCAUCUCCCUGACAUUCUGAGACUGUCACAAUGGGAUGAGGGAAAACACAUGUUCCCUUUGGAGCUGGCCUGGCUUUUUUACUCAAUUCCUCCAACAUGGGUGUUUGCCAUUUUGCAUCAAGGUGAAGGAUGUUCAGAACUGGGCACUGAAAUGGAUAGGAAGAUGACUACCUUUUCUAUUCUUAAUUAUUUUUUUCCCAUCAAGAUUAUCACUGAGACUUGGUGACUGCAGGGCUCCACUAUUUCUGGUGGCCCCUUCUUUUCAUUUUUAUAGAAGUGACAGAGAGCAAGAAAGGUAGAGAUAAGAGGGGGUACCUGCAGAGGUGAACGUAGAGAAGUGGUGGCCACUGGCUGAGGUGCAAUUUAGGUAAGAACCACUAGUCAUCACACAUUUUAUCAAUUGUCUGACUCUAACAUUGACUUUCCUCUUUCUUUCUUUCUUCCUUUUUUUUUUUUUUUUUUUUUUUAACAGAGCACUGCUCAGCUCUGGCUUAUGGUGGUGUGAGGGAUUGAACCUGGGAUGUUGGAGCCUCAAGCAUGAGAGUUGCUUUGCAUAAACAUUAUGAUAUCUACCUACCCUACCUGCACCCUUAGACUUUUUUGUUUGUGAGGAUGGGGGGGUGUGAAAGGAAGACUCCUUUGAUCUCUGAAAUGUGUUUGCUUAGGGAAAUGAGUGAUCUUGAGCUAGAAAAUCUGAGACCAGAGUUUGAUGAUGGAGCUUAAGGUAGGAGAAGGAAUAUGUGUAGUUUGUCUUAAUAAAACUUGACUCUUUA